UCUGUCUUCAGUAGUUUAAAAUACACUGAUCUUCUUGUCACUCCACAAACAGGAUGAGAACUUCAAUAGCUGCCGUUUUGCUUGUCGCAGCUGUGGCCACACUGCAAAUUGCAGCUGUGACUGGAGAUGAUAUCAUCAAUGGGAGAAAAGCUUCCAUAAAUUCCUUGCAAUAUAUGGUGUCAGUGCAGGCCGAUAAAAAACAUAAUUGUGGAGGAUUUCUGAUUUCCCCGAAAUAUGUUCUUACAGCAGCACACUGCCAUAGUGAAAACAUGACAGUCGUCCUCGGUGACCAUAACAUCGGUCCAGGGAAAAAUCUCGAAAGAUACGAGGUGGUUCGCACAUUCAAGAAAUCAUUCACAAAUGUACUGAAGGGCGAUGACAUCAUGCUUCUGAAGCUCGGCAGGGAAGCAGUUUUGGGAGGAAACGUGAAAACGGUGAAAAUUGCAGAUAAACGCCACCGUGUUAAACGCGGUACAAAGUGUUUGGUUGCAGGAUGGGGUAAAACUAAAGAGGCAGAAAAUGUUACCGACGAUGUUACCGACUUUGAACGUAUCCACUGUUGACAUCCGCGAGUGCAGGAAAGCAUGGAAGAAAACAGAUGUAAAAAUACUCCCACCAAACAUAAUCUGCGCUGGGGGAUAUAA